CUCGAUAGUAUGUCUCGAAAGGAAGCUCAACUCGUCAUAACACCUGGCCUUUACAGGGGAAAUCCAGUCCACGGCAGAUAUAGCAUUCGACUGAGAGGGAAACCCUCUAGAUUUUAAAUCCUUUGAAAGUGUGCACGUAGGAAAAGAGAUAAAAGACAUAAAGCUACAAUCAGUCUUGACUUGAAUCAGUGCAAAGCGGCGGCGAUCGGAACAGGCAGAGCCUGAAGAAGCGAUGGCCGAGAUCGCAGGGAAGUUUGACUUCGCCAUCGAUCGCGGGGGCACCUUCACCGAUAUCUUCGCUCGUUGUCCGGACGGGCGAGAGAGGGUCCUCAAACUGCUGUCACACGAUCCCCAGAACUACAAUGACGCGCCCACCGAGGGUAUCCGUAGGAUCCUUCAGGAGGAGACUAGACAAGCUUUCCCCAGGGACCAGCCAGUGGACACCUCCCUGAUUGGAUGGAUCAGGAUGGGCACCACCGUAGCAACCAAUGCACUGCUGGAACGACAAGGCGAGAGGACUGCCCUCCUGGUCACACGGGGGUUCAGGGACCUGCUGCACAUCGGCACCCAGGCGAGGCCAAACCUCUUUGACUUGGAGGUGUCCAUGCCAGAUGUCUUGUAUGAGGAGGUUAUCGAGGUGGAGGAGAGGGUGGUCCUGAAGCAGGAGCGUGGCCGGGUAGCAGGGAGAGAGCUGGUGAAGGAGGUGACAGGCAGCACAGGGGAGGUCCUGGAGGUGUGGCGGGAGCCUGACCUGCAGCAGGUGGAGCGUGACCUGCAGGCACUCCUGUCUCGCGGGAUCACCAGCCUGGCCGUGCUGCUGCUGCACUCCUACACGUGGUCCCCCCAUGAGCAGGCUAUAGGCUCCCUGGCACGCAAGCUGGGCUUCACCCAGGUGUCCCUGUCUAGCGAGGUUAUGCCCAUGGUGAGGGCCGUGCCCCGGGGGUACACCGUAUGCGCUGACGCCUACCUGACCCCCAAGAUCCGGCAGUACCUAAAGGGCUUUGUCUCCGGGUUCCGGGGCGGGAUGAAGGACGUGAGGGUGCUGUUCAUGCAGUCCGAUGGAGGACUCACCCCCAUGGAUGAGUUCUGCGGCUCCAGGGCGGUGCUGUCGGGCCCAGCAGGGGGCGUGGUUGGCUACGCUGUCACCUCCUACAGCCAGACGGAAAGAAAGCCAGUCAUUGGCUUUGACAUGGGGGGCACCUCCACGGAUGUCAGCCGUUAUGCAGGCCAGUAUGAGCACGUAUUCGAGGCCACGACGGCGGGUGUCACGCUGCAGGCACCCCAGCUGGACAUCAACACGGUGGCGGCCGGGGGCGGGUCACGCCUUUUUUUCAGGUCAGGGAUGUUCGUGGUGGGGCCAGAGUCUGCAGGUGCUCACCCUGGACCUGCCUGCUACAGAAAGGGAGGCCCCCUUACAGUCACCGAUGCCAACCUCGCUCUUGGGCGCCUGCUUCCCUCACACUUCCCAAAGAUAUUUGGCCCCCAGGAGAAUGAGCCACUGUCCACUGAAGAGACGAUGAAGGGCUUCAGGGAGUUGACAUGCAAGAUCAACUGCUUCCUGUCAGCUGGCCAGUCACAAAGCACUGAAAAUGGAAAUAGCCAGUUGAAUAGCAUCACGUCUAGGAACGGGAAAUCAGAAAUGAGCAUGGAGGACGUCGCCAUGGGCUUUAUACGUGUGGCCAACGAAGCCAUGUGUCGUCCAAUCAGAGCUCUCACACAGGCCAAGGGUCACGACACGUCCCAGCACAUCCUGGCGUGCUUUGGAGGGGCAGGCGGGCAGCACGCAUGUGCCAUUGCUCGCGCCUUGGGCAUGAAGACAGUCUUCAUCCACAAGUACAGCGGCAUCCUCUCAGCCUAUGGCCUGGCCCUGGCUGACAUGGUGGAAGAAACUCAAGAACCUUGCUCUCUGCAGUACUGGGUGGACUCCUUUCCAGAACUGGAUCGGCGGGUGGAGCAGCUGUCCCUGCGGUGCCGGGAGGCCCUGAGGGCUCGCGGGUUCACUAGUGCCCAGAUCACUACAGAAGUCUACCUCCACCUACGUUAUCAGGGCACCGACUGCGCACUCAUGGUUACUGCCAACGGUCACCCCGGAAACGCCCAGACCUGCAGGUCCGGUGACUUCGCUGCGGCCUUUGCCGAGAGGUACCUAAAGGAGUUUGGGUUCACCAUCCCUGGUCGGCCAAUCAUGGUGGAUGACAUUCGUGUUAGAGGCACUGGGAAGUCUGGGAUACAGUCCCAAACCAAGGUCAAGGCAGGUCAAGGGUCACCCAGACCCGUCGAGGUGACCCAGUGUUACUUUGAUGACGGUUACCAGGAUACUGCUGUGUACCUGUGGGAGGAGAUGACAUGUGAUCACAGCAUCACAGGCCCAGCCAUCAUCAUUGAGAAGAACAGCACUAUCCUCGUGGAGCCCCGCUGUGUGGCUCAGCUGACACCAGAGGGUGACGUCCGCAUCGCAGUGAGCUCAGACACCGCGUGCGCGCUGGGCACGGAGCUGAAUGCCGUGCAGCUAUCCAUCUUCUCACACCGCUUCAUGAGCAUUGCUGAGCAAAUGGGACGUGUCCUCCAGCGUACCUCCAUCUCCACCAACAUCAAGGAGCGGCUGGACUUCUCCUGUGCUGUGUUUGGGCCUGAUGGGGGCCUGGUGUCCAAUGCCCCCCACAUUCCUGUCCACCUGGGAGCCAUGCAGGAGACCGUGCAGUACCAGAUUAGGGCGAUGGGCAGUGAUCUGAGGGAUGGCGACGUGUUGCUAAGCAACCACCCAUGCGCCGGGGGCAGCCACCUGCCAGACCUCACCGUCAUCACCCCGGUGUUCAGGAAAGGCAUAACGGGGCCCGUGUUCUUUGUGGCCAGCAGGGGGCACCAUGCUGACAUCGGGGGGAUCACUCCUGGCUCCAUGCCCCCCCACUCUACCUCAUUACAGCAGGAGGGGGCUGUUUUCAUCUCCUUCAAGCUGGUCACUGGUGGUAUCUUUCAGGAGGAGGCUGUUACUGCUGCUCUCUUGGCGCCAGCCCAGAACCCAGAGUGCUCAGGGACACGCAAUCUACAUGACAACCUGUCAGACCUACGGGCGCAGGUGGCAGCCAAUCAGAGAGGCUGUCAGCUGGUGCUGGAACUGAUUAACAGCUACGGGCUGGAGGUGGUGCAGGCAUACAUGGGGUACAUACAGAGCAACGCAGAACUGGCCGUACGGGACAUGCUGAAAGAGUUUGCCCGUCGCCGGCGACAACAGACCGGCUGCUUGGAGGUGGAAGCAGAAGAUCAUAUGGACGAUGGAACACCAAUCAGGCUGCGCAUCCGGAUCAAUGAGGAAGAGGGCAGCGCUGUGUUUGAUUUCACUGGCACGGGCACAGAGGUGUGGGGGAACUGCAACGCCCCCCGUGCCAUCACCUUGUCUGCACUCAUCUACUGCCUCCGCUGCAUGGUGGGACAGGACAUCCCGCUCAACCAGGGCUGCCUCACCCCCAUCCAGGUUAUCAUUCCUCCCGGCUCCAUCCUCCAGCCUUCCCAGAAUGCAGCGGUGGUGGGCGGCAAUGUGUUGACUUCGCAGAGAGUGGUGGAUGUCAUCUUCCGUGCCUUUGAGACGUGUGCUGCUUCACAGGGCUGCAUGAACAAUAUUUCGUUUGGCAAUGAGAAGGGAGGUUACUACGAGACGGUGGCUGGAGGGGCAGGGGCUGGCCCGGGCUGGCACGGCCGAAGUGGUGUCCAUAGUCACAUGACCAACACACGCAUCACCGACCCCGAGAUCCUAGAAAAGAGGUAUCCGGUGGUCCUAGAGCAGUUUUCACUGCGGGCUGGUUCCGGGGGCUGCGGGUGUUACCACGGGGGAGACGGCGUGGUGCGCAAGCUGCUCUUCCGGGAUAGAGUCGUGCUGUCGGUGCUGACAGAGAGACGUGCUACACGACCCUACGGGCUGCAUGGUGGACAGGAUGGAGCCCCAGGAAUCAAUCUGCUCCACAGGGCUGAUGGAAGGGUCCUAAACCUUGGGGCAAAGACCACUGUGAGCCUGGAGCCAGGGGACAUGUUCUGCCUGUACACCCCUGGCGGAGGGGGUUAUGGGAAGGAGGAGGGGGACCACGAACACGGGAGCGGGGACCCCCCAGCCAAGAGCAUACGCCUCAGAGAGACCUUCUGGGAGAGAGGAAGUGUGUUUGAUUACUGAAGAGCACAGGAGAGUGUGUGAGACACCCAAUGGGUGCAAUAAAAUAAUCCAACCAGAAUCAAAA